GUGUUGGUGCUGUUCCCGUCCCGGCCCACAGUCAGUGUGGUUCACCACUCACUGCUCAAGCGGUACAUCCGCUCGCCACGCACGUUAUUAGGAAAGUGGUGCGCUGUACUAGCACCUGAUCCCACCCUAGCCGCCAAAUUGGUCUUACUGUAACAGAAAAAAAAAAAAAAGAUGGCAGGAAGUGGAGGGACCGUGAACAUCGCCAUGGCUGUCAUGCAGAGCGGCGCGGCUUCCCAUAUAAUCCACAUACCGCAGCCUGCCCCUGUGCCCAAUGAUCCACCUACUUGCUGGGAGAAGUUGCAAUGCUACAUGUUUGGUCCUAAAGAUAACAUGGACUUAAUCCGAGCUGCUCGUGAGGGAAAACAUGAAGACUGUAAGAAAAUAAUGCAGAAGGGCAUAUCAAAUAUUAAUACACAGGACAAGACAACAAAGCAAACUGCACUGCACACUGCUGCCUAUCAUGGUAAAGAGAAAUUAGUUGAUCUAUUACUGAGCUACAAAGCAAAGCACAAUAUACAGGACAGUCAGGGAAACACCCCACUGCACCUGGCAAUAAAAAAUGGUCACUGCAGCUGCUCAAAAAGAAUUCUGGAAUAUGCCAGUCAAAAGAUCAAUGUAGCAAACAAGGCCCACAACACUCCACUCCACCUUGCAGUAAAAAAAGGUUAUAAGGAGAUUGCUGAUGAGCUCCUCAAGAAGAGUACAGCAAAUAUUAAUGCACCAGACAACAUAAAGCGAACUGCACUGCACAUUGCUGCCCAACAGGGUAAAGAGGAAUUUGUUGACCUACUACUGAACCACCGUGCAAAGUGCAAUAUACAGGACAGUCAGGGAAACACCCCACUGCACCUGGCAAUAAAAAAUGAUCAUUGCAGCUGCUCAAAAAGAAUUCUGGAAUGGAACAAUGUAAAUAUCAAUAUAGUAAAUGAGGAAAUGGAAACUCCACUUCACAUUGCUGUAUCAAAAGAUUAUAAGAACAUUGUUGAAAAAUGCCUGGAAAAGAGUACAGUAGACAGUGGUGCACAGAACAAGAAAAACAUAGAAACUGCACUGUACAAUGAUGUAUCAAAAGAUUAUAAGGAGAUUGUUGAAAAACUCCUGGAAAAGAGUACAGCAAACAUUGAUGCACAGAACAAGGAAAGCAAAGACACAGCACUGCACAUUGCCAUUAGAAUGAAAAAGGAUGACCUUGUUGACCUGCUGCUGAGAUACAAUGCAAACUGUAAUGCACAGAACAGUAAGGGAAGCACCCCACUGCACCUGGCAAUAAAACAUAUACCUCAGCGUGUUGAAAGAAUUCUGCAAUGUAAGAAUCUACAGACUGAUUUAGUGAGUGAAGACUAUAACACUCCACUCUAUCUUGCGGUGAAAAAAAACAACAUGGUUAUUGUUAAGAAACUCCUAGAUAUGGGUACAGCAAACAUUGAUGCACAGGACAAGAAGGCAAAGCAAACUGCUCUGCAUGUUGCUGCCAACUGUGGUAAAGAGGAGAUUGUUGAAGUAUUAUUGAACCAUAAUGCAAAUUGCAAUAUACAGGACAGUCAGGGAAACACCCCACUGCACCUGGCAAUAAUAAAAGGUCACCACAGCUGCUCUGAAAAAAUUCUAGGAGGCAACACAGCAAACAUCCAUUUAGUAAACGAGAACCAGGACAGUCCACUCCACCUUGCAGUGAAGGUAGGUCAUGUGACAAUUGCUGAUAAACUCCUGGAUAUGGAAUUAGAUUACAAUGCAGUGGACAGUUUGGGAAACACUGCUCUGCACCUUCUGGCAGAGGGUGGAUACCUUGACUGCUGUAAAAAACUUCUUCAAAAAGAUGUGGUGAAUCUAAACGCAAAAAACGAUACUGGGGAUACUCCGCUUCACCUUGCAACCCGGGCAGGCAAAUCCAACAUUGUUACACUACUCCAACAUUACCCAGGUGACUGCAAUUCACAAAACAACUCGCAGGAUACCCCAUUGCACCUCGCUGUGAAUGGAGGCCAUUUCAACUGUGUGACAGAACUAUUAAGGUUCAAGAACCUGAGGAUUGACUCAACGAACAAGGACGAUUCCACUGCUCUCCACUGUGCAGUCAAGAAUGGCAACUCAGAUAUUGUUGCAUUGUUGCUGCUACAUCAUGCAAACUGCAAUGCAAAGGACAGAUUGGGCAACACUCCCCUGCACUGCGCUGUAACCAAGGGGAAUGAAGCCUGCUGUAUAAAGUUACUGGAGUGUAGCAACUUAGAGAUUAAUGAAAUGAAUACAUCUCAGGAGGCUGCACUACAUGUGGCAGCAAGGCUGGGCCGCCACAGCAUGUGCGAUCUGAUUCUGAAGCACCCUGACAAGAUAAUUGACAUUAAGGACAAGCAGGAGCACACUCCUCUACACUUGGCAACAAAGGAAAACAAUCAUGAGGUAAUAAAAUUACUGCUGAGCAAAGGUGCUGACUGGAGGCUGAGAGACAAACACAGCUAUGUGCCGCUCCAUUAUGCUGCUGCAAAAGGGUAUGAAGAGUCAUGUGAGUACUUGGCAAAUGCUGUAAAAGAAAGUGGAAAAUCUUAUGCUUUCAAACUGAAGAACAGAAGAACUCCCCUGAUACUGGCAGCCAUGGCAGGACACCACCACUGCUGUGAGAUGCUGCCCCUUGACAAUAUUGAUCAGCAGGAUAGUUUUGGAAAAACUGCUCUCAUAUAUGCUAUAGAAGCAGACUAUGAGAAUACUGCUUUGUUCCUUCUAAGAAAUAAUGCUAAAACAGAUGUAGAGAUCCUUUCUAAAAAAAAUAAAGCUAACCAGACUAAAAAGGAGCUUAAGGAAAAAAAAAGUCAAAUAAAGGAGCACACAACAAUCCUUCACCUGGCAGCAGAGAAGAGAGCAAACAAAUGCCUAGAGUGCCUGCUAAAAGAUCCAAACACCAAGGAGCUCCUCUCUAGAACAGAUGAGAAUGGUCACACUCCACUGCACGAGGCCAUCAACAGUGAAGCUCUCGACUGUGCCAAGAUCCUGCUUUUCGAAGGAACAUCUCCCAUGGCCACCACUAAUGCGGGCAUGACUCCGCUGCACCUGGCAGCAAAGAAGGGGGAUCCGGGCCUCUGCUCUCUGCUGUUGUCUUAUAAAGUUGACAUGAAUGCAGAGAACAAUGAUCAGGAAACUCCCCUACACAUGGCAGCAAAGCAUGGGUGCCUGGAUGCUUGUAGGGCUCUGAUGAAGAAAGGCAUACGAAAAUUAGCCAAAGAUAAGUCUGGCCGUACACCGCUCCAUCUUGCAGCAGAGAAUGGACAUGCACAGGUGGUUCAAUUCUUAAUAAAGAAAGGUGGUCAUCCUCAUGAAAGGGAUGAUAAGGACUCCACAGCCUUACACCUGGCUGCUGCCAAGGGUCACCUGCAAGUGUGCCAAAUACUUGUGAGCAAUGCCAGACGCCUGGUGACCACCAUGAACAAGGAAGGAAAGUUGUCCAUGGAUGUGGCAUUCGAAAAUCAGAAAGAUGAUGUGUUUGCAUUUCUUAUCAGUAAGUUGAAGCCCGAAACAGAAAAUGGUGGAGGUCCUCACUCUGCUCCAGACAAUGCCAAAAAGAAAAACAUGGAAAAGAGGACCCUUUUUCACAAGUACAUGCACCAAGCACUGAGGCCUCAAGGCCAGAAUAAACCAAGAGAGGCUGCUGCUGAGGGCAUCCUUGCAAGCGAGUGGUGGACUGCUGCUUUCUUCAUAGAGGAUGAAGAGAAAGGCCAUAACUCAGACACAGAGGAUGAAUACUCAGACACUCAGGAAAGGAGCCCAUAUUGUACCAACUUCCAUGAAAUGAUAAAUAAUCACCCUGGUCUUGCCCUCAAGGCUCUGGACCGCUACCAUGCAAGCCUAUCACCAAAGUCUGACCAGAACCACAACUUCAGACUCUUUGAAGAUAAUCUGUGUUCAGAAGCAGGGGUGAAGCACUCUGGCCGGUCACACGCUCCCAUGACUGGACAGAGGCUGCUGCAGGACCACCCAGUGAGCCUCAUGAUGAAGAAGCCUGAGUGGCCCAACCUGCUGCAGCACCCUUUCACCGACAGCUGGCUCAUGUACUUCUGGAGGAUAUCUGUGUUCUACAUCUUCAUGCUCCUCCUCUUCAUUGAGGUGGUGUACCUCACAUCACUCCACUUCUUCAUGGACAAUGUGGAUAACUGGGUGCAGAUAAAACACAAGUGCAACACAACCCAGGAGCAGUUCUGUCACCUCUCGUCAUCCCCUGGCAAGGGGGAGGAUCAUGCAGACGCAAUGCAAGGUGGGCUGCUACUUGGGAAGGUGAACACUCAGGUGGACAGCAACUUCAAGUGUUCCCAGCGCACAUCUCUGGUGCAGUGGCAGUGGAUCUUUGUGGUGGUCAUGACCAUUAUUAUUGCCUUCCUGGAGUGCAUCUGUGUUUACAGGCUUCGGAUGAAGUACCUGAAAUGGCAAAGGCUUGUGAAAAUCAGCCAACUCAUCUUCACAUUCCUUUCUUGGUUGCCGAUUGGAACGUGUGGAUUUCAGCACAACGUAUCAAAUGGGUGGCAGUGGCACUGUGGCAUCAUCGGGCUGCUGCUGGAGUGGAUCCUGGUCAUCAACAUGCUCAACCAGCUACCAGUGCUCUUUGUCUUCAUGCCAAUCACAAAACGAUUUUUUUUCGGUUACAUAAAGGCUCUCCUCUACAUUACAUUGCUUCUGUUUGCAUUUUCUUACAUCUUCCAGUUACUGUUGGAUGACUAUGAUGCCUUUCAGUCCCGGCCUUUAGCCAUGAUAAAGAUGAUCGUGUGGCUGUUUGGUGACCUCAACUACGAGAGCACCUUUAUUGAGAAACAUCCACUCCACCCUGACAUGACGAUGCUGAUGUUUGUGUCCUUCAUCAUCAUCAUGGGCGGCUUCAUUGCCAACCUGGCCGUGACACUGCCCUCGGAGAGACUGGACGAGUUCAGGAGGGAUGCAACAUUCUUCCAGAAGCUGACUCAGAGCACACUCCUCCUGGAAAUACAGGCUUGCUUCCCAUGGUUCCAGCAGCAAGAAUUUAAAAACAAAGCUGAUAAAAGUAAAAGCUGGAUGAAAAAUUUGAUUGACAAAAUGUUGCAGAAAAUCUUCAGUGCAAAUAUCAUAGAAGAAACUAAGAAGGACAACCCUCUAGAAGACCUGGAGCAGCAAGUGGCCACCCUUGUCGACAUGUGCCAGGAGCAGGGCAGGGAAAUGAAGGAACUCAGGCAGCAACUCAUUCUUCUCUUCAAACUCAUGGCUGAGAAGGACUGAGAAAACUGGUCUUAGGCAAUGCAAUGAAACAUGUAAUGCUUUUCUGUACCCCAUGAAUACUUAAUAACAAGCAGUCUGUAUGCAGCAGUGCAGCACAAACUACAUAAGUGUAAUGGCACAGACACUGUGCUCCUGAGCGCUCAACUCUUGAAUCCAAGGGACACUCGUGGAACUUGUACAAGGAGCAUGGUGCUGUAUGGCAAAAUCUGGGAACAGAGGGAAGAGAAUGUUAGUAUGCUGAACCAGAUUAGCAGAUGAGGAUGAUGGUGUGGCUGUGUGGUGCGGUGCUUUUCUGGACAUCAGUAGUGUCCAGGAGGAUCACUGAAUGUAGACUUGUGAAGAGGCCAGUUGAGGAUAUUGUGUGGUGCUGUGAAGAGGCUGUUGUGGUCCAGGUGCACUGAUGUGUGAUGUGAUGCUGGACACUUUUAACAGCUGCACUACUAGCUGCGCUGUGAAUACACUAAGAGGUUUUGUUGUUAUGUAUUUUUAAUAUUUGAUUGUAUCAAAACAUAUCAGUAGUAGUGGUGAGAAUUUUACUACCAAGAGGCAUACUGUUAAAUAAUUUUCAAUCAUAAUUUGUUACACUAUUUUCAAGAUAAUGUUAUUCUAAUUAUUAGACAAAUUAGGUUAACAUUAUUGCACCUUGUAUGGGUAACAUUUUGAGGUAAUAUAAAUGCUGGGUUUUGAAAUAUCAAUAAUAAUGUGACGUAUUUGUGUGCCAAUGAAAAUUUUAGAGUUUUCUUCAGACUUUAAGUAAAAUAUACACACAAAAUGUUAUGUUGUGCAAUUGUUGAUCUGCCUAAACAAGAUGAUGUGUAUGUCCAUAGCGACACAUUACAGGAGACAUAGCUAACAAAGACAGUAAUACCCAUGGUUUCCACAGCAGUGCAAUUAUGGCACUCAGCAUAGAGUGCAGCUUGGCUUGGAUAGUUUUACCCAUGUAUGAUCAAUGAGAUACUUCUCAUUUAAGUUUGCUUUUAUUGUGACACCAAGAAAUUAUAGAAGAAUAACCUUAAUUAAUAAAAUGUAGCAAAUAAAGCAAAUAA